AUGGACACACCAAGAAGUUUGUCGCUGAGAGAAAAAACUCAGCCGGUGAAUUCUUGCUAUGGAAGCUUGAUUGCAUCAACCUCGACAGGAAUUCAAAGAUCAUCAAAUGACAUUCCACCAGAAGACGAAGAAUUCGUUCAAGCUCCAGCUUUUUUCUAUGACAUGGAUUUUGAUUUGAGAGCCCUGAAGGCAUCCCUCAAAUCCGCCUCUCUAUUAGCGGAUUCGGGUUAUCGAUCAACAGUCGUCACAUCAUCAACAGGAACAUCUGUUAUCAAUGAUCCUUCAUCUCAACCACCACCACGAUUUGGAACUGGUUGGAUGGUGGCCGAGGCUCUCAGUGAUGACGGUGAUACUGAUUCAGCUGAUGAUUCUUGGGACGGUCAAAUGAACGUGGGAACACACCGCGUAAAGAUUAAAGAUAUGUCCGAUAUCUUGGCUUCUAGAUAUGCUUUCAUAUCAGGUGCCCGAUCGAAUGAGGGUUUGACAGUUGUGACUUUUCCUGAUAGUCGAACAAAUCUGAUUCUUGAUGAUUAUCAGUUGUUGAUUACAUAUCUAAUUCAAGUACCAUCUUUGGAAGAAAGUCAUAGUGGUUUUAUAUUAAUCGUCGAUCGACGGAACGAUAAAUGGUCAUCAGUGAGAAGUGUUCUCCUUCAAAUUGCAGCUUACUUUCCGGGAUCGAUUCGAGUCGCCUUUGUUUUGAAGCCAGAAGGUGUACUUCAAAGAGCUCUCGAAGUUGGAUAUCGAACAAUCGCUGAACAGUGCCGAUUCAAGGUCAUACUGUGCGAAUCGUCAUUAGAGCUUCGGCGUUAUCUGAGACCGGAACAAUUAUCGAUGGAUGUGGGAGGCCUCAUCAAAUACAAUCAUCUCGAAUGGGUCCAGCAUAGAAUGGACAUCGAACGAAUGAAAUCCUCAGCGGCUGUAAUUGCUCAAUCUUUGAGUGAUUUCGGAAGAACCCUUCGGGAAACCGAACUACCAAAUGACGCUGAAACGACGGCGAGGAUUUUGGAUGCACAGACAGCUGAAAGAGAUGCUAUUAAGGAGGAUUUUCGUAUUUCGGUACGAAAAGGACUUUCUUUAUUGAGAAGUGUUCGGCAGUUGGAUAAGAAACCCCGGGCCGAUCAGUUAUCUCCAACUCGGCUUCAUAACGUGACAGCCAUUGAAAGAAUGUUAGUGCAACUUGAGGAAACAGAAAGAUCUUUUGAUGCAUUCUGGGAACGUCAUGAACGUCGUCUUAUGCAUUGUCUUCAGCUUAGACAAUUCGAAGAUGCCUUCAGAAAAUUGCAAGCAGCCUUUGCAAGACAUAUGAUGUACUUGGAAGAGCAUCGAGAAGUUGGCGAUGGACCUGAAAGAGCUGAAAUAUUGGCAAAGCAACACGAUGAAUAUUCACUAACAGCUCAGGAUGAUGUGACCAUAGCACGGUCUUUGCGACAAACGGGGGAGGAUCUAGUGGCUAGCCAUGAUGCAGAGGGUGCUGGUAGCCUACUGCCUAAAUGCGAAGAGCUUGAAAGAAUGGCUGAAGCCCUGACUAGCGCUUUAGAGAGAAGACGAGCUGUUCUCGAGUUGAGCAAGAGAAUGCACUCACAAAUUUCACAGGCAAAUGCGUGGUGCAAAAAAGGUGUAGAAGUGCUUUCAACUGUUCCAUUUGAAGUCACUCCAUCGUCAGUUUCGAAUCAUAUCGAUCGUAUGGACGCUCUUUUACAAGAGGCUUCUACACUUCAAUUGGACAGCUUGUCCCAAUCGCCAACAAUGAACAAAUUGAUUCUUCUCACGACUACUGAAACCUCCACACUGUUAGCUCAAGUAGCUGAAAGAAUCGAUGACAUCAGAAGAAUGUCUGUAGCGAGAAGGGAUGCUCUGUUGAAAGUCAGAGAAAAGGAAAGCCCUUCACGACCAAUACAAAUUGUCUCACCAGAAAAAUCGAAGAAGCAAUUUCCUGCUGAAAAGAAGGAAAUCGAGGUGGUGAGAGGAGACCUGUCGUGCUGUCGAGAGACUCCCACCCAAUUCGUCCAUCCAUCCGCGAUUUCUCACCAACCACAGAGUCCCCGUUCAAUUUCCCGGGAAAUGCAUGUCAUCGCGGAAUUGUUAAAUACGGAAAGAAGCUAUGUUGGAGAGCUUGAAUCGAUAGUUGAGCAUUAUGUGGAUCCAUUUUCUGCAACCGAACAUCAAACUCAAAUUGCUCCACCAAUCCGAGGCCGGCCCGACCUUGUUUUUGGAAAUCUCAAGGACCUCUUGUUAUUUCAUUCGAGCUUUUUGAUCAAUUUGCAAGAAGCUGAAAACUCACCUUCAGCCAUUUGCCGAUGUUUCCUACAGAAUCAAUCCAAAUUUCUAAAUCUGUACAUUCCAUACUGCCAAAAUAAAAGCCCUUCUGAAGCAAUCCGAAAAGAAUUCGCUGAUAGCACUUCGUUCUUUACGGAAUGUCAACGCCGUGCUGGUCAUCCUUUACCACUUGGAGCUUAUUUACUGAAACCGGUGCAGAGAAUCACAAAAUAUCAAUUGCUAUUGAAAGAACUGGAAAGGAAUUCUAGAGCAGAGGUCCGAUCUGAAGUUGAGGCAGCUGUAUGUUGCAUGUUAGAACUUUUGAAUAGAAUCAAUUCGGCUAUUCAACAACUUCAUAUUAUUGGAUUUGCUGGAGAUCUUCGAUUGAUGGGACCACUAAGAUUACAAACGGAAUGCGACGUAUUUGCUUUCAACCGAAAAAAGGGUCGGCGAACGACAAGAGCCCAAAGACGGCAUUUAUUCUUAUUCGAUGGUGGCCUCGUUCUCUGCAAAAAAAGAAAUCCGCUCAACUCAUCAGAGCCUGAAUAUUAUGAAUAUAAAAAUUCAAUAUCGACUUCUUGCUUGAACUACUGCGACCAAAGUAAAAGUGGGUCAUCAAGAUUUGAAGUGUGGGAUGAGACGAAAAAUGAUGGAUGGGCUGUUGAAACCUUAGAUACAAAUUCACGAAGUCGAUGGGUGGAUUGUUUGAAUGGAUUGACAGUCUCUAGAGAAGAUCAAGGCAGCCAGAAAACAAAAGGGGAAGAAGGGGGAAGACCCAGAAGUUGGACCUCGACAUUGUCUACUGACAGUGUCACCUCAACACGAUCGCCGAGUGAACAUUCGAAUGAAAGCAUGGAUAGCAAUGGAAAUGGUUCACAAAGUCAAACAGUUCAAUGUCUACUGGACAGUCCAACAGGGAACAGCCAGGACUUGUUGAUAGAAGAAGCCCCUCCACUCCCAGACAGCCAACCACCAAGAUCAACAACAUUCCAUUCGACUUCUUCUUUUGUGCCAAAUAUUGAAGAAUCUCAUUCACCAGAAGAAAAUGUAAAUUGC